AUGUCGAACGUCAAACAUGUUCCGAGUAAUGCUGAUUCAAAGAAACACAACGAUUACAGUUUACAGCUGAGCCGAUGGUUCCUCAUAUCGAUUGGCGCUUGGCCACAAACACGCACAUCCAGCCUAAUAGAGAGACUUUCCCCGAUAGUACUUAUUCCCAUGUGGUCAUCCGUGGUAGCAAUAAUUACAAUACCGGGUAUAUUAUACGUGUUUCUCGAGGCGAAAGGUAUUCAGAUGAAACUGAGCCCCCUUGUUCCGCUAUUUCACAGGAUAAUGGGCUUCUUGAAUUAUUCGAUACUACUAGCACGCGGCAAAGCUAUUCUUGAAUGUAUAAAGCACAUGGAGGAGGAUUGGCGUGUCGUUCAGAAAAUAGAGGAUUACGAAGUGAUGAUGAAGCAUGCCAAGAUGGGUCGUUACAUGACCGGGGUCUGUGCGACGUUCAUGCAGGGCAGCGCAUUUUUAUUUAAUUUAGCCGCAACAAUGAAAACUGUAACACUGGUUAUUAAUAACGUAUCCACCACGAUACAUCCGUUGUCGUGUCCGGCGUACCGUAAGCUGAUAGACGCGAGAUUCAGUCCGGCGAAUGAAAUCAUGAUUACUAUGCAAGUUAUGUCGAGCUACAUAACGAAUUCCUCCACAGUAUGUAUUUGUAGCCUUGCCAUUGUAUUCGCGAUGCACGCCUCUGGUCAGCUAAGCAUGUUGUACACGUGGUUUAACGAACUGAUGAAGAAUAACGCGAAGCGAAAUUGCUCGGUUCAACGAAAAUUAGCCAGCAUCGUCAAACAUCAUUUGAGAGUCUUGUGGUAA